GUGGGUGGGAGUUGUGCCGGGGGAGGGGAGUCCGGGAACUUUGAGACCCAGCCUCCAGGGGUCCCACCGUGGCAUCCCGACAGUGCCCAGGACAGGCCAGCCUCUUCGGCCAGACCGCGCGCAGAGGAGAAACCGCGCCAGUCUGCAGAGUCGCAGCCCGCACCACGGGGAGAGACCUGAGCAGCUCACUGCGGUCGCGGGUCGCGCGCGAACCGGACUGCGGAAGAGGUGUCUGAGAGCAUGGGCCGCUUCCCGCUGGAGACGUUGCUGCAGAGGCUACUCAGCCCCUGGGGCCUGGCCCUGGCCGCGGCCCUGCUCCUCCUGGUCCUGUGCCUACGUGCCCGGCGCACCAGGAGACCUGGCGAGCCCCCAUUGAUACAAGGCUGGCUUCCUUACUUUGGAGUGGCCCUGGAAGUAGGAAAAGAUCCCAUAGGUGUCAUGAAAACUCUUCAAAAGCAACACGGUGACACUUUCACACUCCUCCUUGGGGGAAAGUACAUAACAUUUAUUCUGGACCCUUCCCAGUACCAGUUAGUGAUGAAAAAUCACAAAUUAAGCUUCGAACAGUUUUCUAAUGACAUAUUAAAGAAAGCAUUUUCCAUCCAAAAGUUUAUAACCAAUGAAGGCCUGAGCAAUGAACUGCACGACUGCUAUCAGUAUCUGCAAGGGAGAUCCUUGGAUGUACUCUUGGAAAACAUGAUGCAGAACCUGCAACAAGUUUUUGAAGCCCAGCUAUUUAAAACCACGAACUGGACCAUGACGCACCUGUUGACAUUCUGCAGCUCAGUAAUAUUCGAGACAACGUUUACUACCAUAUUUGGAAAAUUCGUUGCUGGCGAUAGGACAAAAUUUAUUACUGAACUCAGAGAUGAUUUUUUUAAAUUUGAUGCCAAAUUAAUACAUUUAUUAUCAGACAUACCUAUGGACCUUCUAGGAAAUGCCAAGUCUAUUCAAAAGAAACUUAUAAAACGUUUGACAUCAGAAAACUUGGCUAAGAUACAGGGAUGGUCAGAAGUUGUUCAACUGAGGCAAGAUAUUCUGGAGAAACACUAUACUUCCACGGACUUUGAAAUAGGAGCACAUCAUUUAGGCUUUCUCUGGGCCUCUGUGGCAAACACUAUUCCAAGCAUGGCCUGGACAAUCUAUUACAUUCUACGGCACCCAGAAGCUAUGGCAGUGCUGCGUGACGAAAUUGACCAUUUGCAGGAGUCAACAGGUCAAAAGCGAGGGUCUGGAUUUUCCAUCCACAUCACCAGAGAACAAUUGGACAGCCUGGUCUACCUAGAAAGCGCCAUUCUCGAGACUUUACGACUAUGUUCAUUUUCGUCCAUCAUGCGCUUCAUCCAAGAGGAUUUGACUCUACCGUCAGAGACCCGAGACUACCUUCUGCGAAAGGGAGACCUGCUAGCCAUCUUUCCUCCCAUCUUGCACUAUGACCCUGAAAUCUUUGAAGCUCCAGAGGAAUAUAGAUUUGACCGCUUUGUAGAAAAUGGUAAGAAGAAAACGACCUUUUUCAAAAGAGGUAAAAAGCUGAAGUAUUACCUCCUGCCAUUUGGAUUAGGAACCAGCAAAUGCCCAGGCCGAUUUCUUGCAGUUAAUGAGAUAAAGCAAUUGUUAGUUGUACUUUUAACUUAUUUUGAUUUAGAAAUAAUAGAUGAUAAACCUGUUCAACUAGACUAUGGUCACUUCUUGUUUGGUGUUCAGUACCCAGCUUCUGAUGUUUUAUUUAGGUACAAAGUCAAAUCUUAAAGAAGCUAAAAGGAAACAAAUGAGAUCUAUGGAAACUAACCUAAAUGUCCUUAGCUCCCUAUUCAUUUCUGAUUUCUGCAAAUGUAAUUGCUUUGUUGCUUUUGUUUAAAAAAGUGCCAAAUUUGAUUUGAUUUGAGAUCUGUUCGGUUUGUAUUUGGUCAUAAAAUAAAACAGGAUGGUGGCAUGAAAAUAAACAUUAGAAUCAACAUAAUGAACCUAACAGCAGUUUUCAGUUUCUACAUACUGUGAUUUCUCACCUGUGAUUGUAAAUAGGCAGCAAUAGAUUUGGUACUGUGGGAUUUUUAAAAGUCACUCAAAUUCGUUUCUAAUAUAUAAAUACACAUUUUACCUACUGCUGGAAAUUGACACAGUCUAACAACUUCCAAAUUGGCAGAGAACGGAAUUAAGUUUUCAUGAGAAAGACUGGAUGAAAGUAUUCCCUUCAAGUAUAAUAUUGAUAAUACCUAUAUCACCAUGGUAUAUUUGCAUUAAAUGAGUUUUGCAGUAGAUUAAAUACUUCAACUUCAAUAUUUAGUCUUCCAUAAGUGCUCUUUAUUACUUGUAUACUAUAGUUCAAUAAAACAAAAUUUCUUGUGGUAUAAGACCACUCAUGUUCAAGUUUGAUACUGAUAAGAUUUAAUGUAUAAGAACACACAAAACCUAUUAUAUAUUCAGCAAUUGCCCUAAACAUUAGUAUUAGGUUUAUUGUAGAAGCAAAUGUUGAAAUCAUUGCAGGACUGAUUGUAGCAUUUGGCUGGAGUGUAAACUAUAUCAUUAUGGCAGUGUUGCAAUUGAGACUUUCCUAAAUGCUUCUAUUCAUAUAAAUUGAGAAACUGGAUAGUAGCAUUUGUUCUUGACACCUGACCUUUUGGACUUAAAGUUUACUUAAUUUUGAAUUACAACAUUACAUAAUGGAGUAUAAUUUUAUAUACCACAAUGCAGCAUUGUGUCUAUGAUGCAAAGGUUUCUAGUACCAGAUUACCAAGUGAUUGUCUGGAAUUUGAUAUAAUGAUAAUGCUCUAUCUACAGAGGCAAAACAGGUGUUAAAACCCAGAUAAUUCAUGCUGCAUUAAUUGAGACUUCUAAUAUUUCAGAAAUGUGCUAUUGUUUUUAAAAAGAAAUUGAUUUUUAAUAACAUUAUAAAGUACUUACCAUAUAUAAGAAGAAAAUAGAUUUCCCAGCAUUUAUUUUCUCCUUCCUAAAAUACAUGCUUUAAAAGGUCCUUUGUGAAGGAUUUCUGGUCUAAACUCUACUUUUGUUUGACUGAAGAUGUUUUCAUUUUUGCCCUCAUUCUGGAAACAUGGUUUCACUAGUUGCCCAUGUCUAGGAUGAGAACUUUUUCCUCACAGCGCUUUGAAGAUAUUGCAUGUUCCUAAUAGGGCUUCCAUCAAUGUUUUCAAGAGGUUAGCCCUUUAUAAAUUUAAUUACUCAGUAGGUAGCCUGUGUCUUCUCUCUGACAGCUUUAACAUAUUGUCUUUGUCUUCAGUGUUCUUUGUUUUUAUUGUCAUGCUUGUGAUUCUUGAAUCUGAGAAUGUGUGUCUUUCAUUAAGUACGAAAUAUUGUUGGCCAUUAUUUCUUUAAAUAUUACUUCUCUCCACCUCUCUGUUAAAUCCUCUCACUCUAUACUCAAUGUUGUCUGAACUUUUCUCCUCAUAUUUUAUAUUUCUAAUUUAAAUUCUUGGUAAUUUCUUUAGAUCUCUCUUCUAGUUUUUUUUUUCUUACAGUAUAUCAAAUCUGCUUUUUAACACAUCCAUUUAAUUUAUUUCUUCCUUCUUUUUACUUUAACUCCAGGUUGAUAGGAUUGAGUAAUCAUACUCCUUAUACCUGUUAGUUCAUUGUACACAAUUAUAGUUGGUCCAGGCAAGGCCUCUCUGGCUUUAUUUACUCAUUCGAUUUUAUCCCUAACCCCCCACCCUAGAACCCUCCCCAUUGUAGGCAAACAUUCUAAAGUGUUUUAUGUUUAUCUUUUUAUAAAACAUAUAUUAUUAUCUUGGGUGCAUGUUUUGAUUUACAUAAAUGUAUUUUCUGUAAACUAGAUCCUUGUCAAUUCAAUAUUCCACAAUGUGCACCCACCAUGUUUUAAUAAUCUGUUUACCCAGGAAACUGUUGGUGGGACAGUUACUGUGAGGGAGAAGCCAAAGCCCAACCUACCCCCACUUAUCUUUCUGCUGCUGUGCUUAGCCACCCUCCACCAUGCGCUGCUGCAAACCUUGUCCUCAACGCCAGCACCACAAACAUACACGCAUGCCCCACUUGGGCCCUCAGCUUUAUCUCCUAAAGCAUAAGCAUAGCCCUAUAAGCAUAGCCCAUGCACUUCGUGCCAGGACAUCUAGUCCAUCAUAUUACCUUAAAUGGAAGCCUUCAGAUUCUUGAAUUCAUCUUUGUAGUACACUUCUGUGAUUUUACAGCAGAGAAAAUGCAAAAACUUAUUCCAUUCUAAUUUCUGCUUAAUUUAUAAUUGGAAGUGUAUAUGAGAAUUUAGAAAAAAAGUAAGAGUAAAUUAAAUGGUUGAGAAAAUAUUUUGCAAAAGCAAUGGACAGGAGAACCAAAACAAGAGAAUCCUGUGACCAGCUUAAACCUAGUAAUUAAAGAGUGUUCAUGAACAGAACAGAUGUCAUGGUGCAAUAAGUUAAAAGACAUGGUUUCUAGCUGUGACAUCACUGGUUUAUUAUUAUCAACAAGUCACCUUGCUUCUCAGUGCUUCAGUUUCUUUAUGUGCAAAAUAAAAAUAAGAAGGCCUUUUCUACACCAGGGUUCAUUAUGGGGAUUAAACAUAGUAAGAUGUGUAAACUUAUUUUGAAAAGUGUAAUGCAAUAUGCAAAUAUAAAGCUGUAAAACAGGUACUUUGACAAUGUUUGACUUUUAAAAACUUUUUUAUGUAUUUGUAAAAGUUAAUGCAUUAAUCAUUUAUUUGAUCAAACAUUUAUUGAACAUUUCUUCUGUUCUAAAUAUGUUGUUCAUUAGAUUACCUUUCCUUAAAAACAUACAGUUUAUUAAGGAAAACAACAUAUUCACAGUUAAUUGAUUAUAAAUGUAGUUGUAAGUAAUAAAUUUAUCCUUUUAAAACCAUUCUAAAAUUCUGAUUUAUCACUAGUUCUGACUAACCUUCCAUCAUUCUUUCCACAUUAAUGUUUUGUAAUGAGAAAUUACUAUGUGCAUAAUCAUACACAACAAAACAUAUACAGCAGGGAUUGUGAUUGUAUGGUAAAAAUAACCAAAACCAAAUACAGUCAUUGAGGCUCCAGAAUGUUUUUCAAACUGUAUUUUACAUAUUAUAAAGUCCAUCUUUUCAUUUGUAAGUCUCCCCUAAGUUUCAAAAUAAAGAAAAUGAAUCAUUAAUAAUGUUGCUUUAUGUCAAUGGCCAAUAGUAAUGAGGCAUUCAGUUAGCAAAAACUAAAUGUUCUGAAGGUAUUAAGAUAAAAGCUAUUUAUCACUAAACAAGGCAUGUGAUAAGCAACCCAUAGGAAAUUUUAUCUGCCUUGUCUUGGUUUUCCUGACAUAGUUCAUUGUAUCUUCUCCAUUUCAUCAUUAAGUUUUGGGUCACAAGUCUAAGGCAAAGGAGCUUCCCAACUUAAUAGGGGUAACUUUUCCUGUAAGCAUCUUCUAAUUUAACAGUGGAAUCUUAAAACCAAUUUCAAAGAUCAAAGCUAAAAAUUGUCUAGAUUUUGAUUGUAGUGUAAAAUAAUGUCAGUAAUUAUAAAACAAGAAUUAUAUGUCAGUAGAAUGUGCCCUGUUUUAACCUAUUAAGUUUGCAAAUGUUGCAAACUAUUAUUUACUUGAACUGCAUUAUUAGGUAUUCAUAUUCACAUACUCAAUUAAGAAAAAGUUAGCAAGCCAAGAUUACAUUCCCUGUAGCAUUAUUUUAAAUUAUAAUGAGCGAUCACAUAAAACUCUGGUAUUUCUCUAAAGCAAUUAUUGCUUAUUCUACUUCAGAGUGUUAAUCUAAAUCAGUGAUCAUUGAUGUUUGAAGAUUUUAGUUUUAAAUGUUUAUUCUGUUUAUAAUACCUUCUUGAGUAAGAUAAAUUUAACUCAUGAAAAGCCCUACUGCAUAAUUUUAAAUAGAAGAUAAUUUGGCAAUAUUUAUGUUUAAAAUUUUUUUAGGCAGAAGAAUGCUAUACAUCAUUUAAAAAACUAUUGCCCUGAAUCAUAUGUUUAAUAUUAUCUUUUUAUUUUAAAAUGGCAUAUAUGUGGGUUUAUGAGGAAGCACAUUAUCUUAACAUUCUAGGUAAGAAACAUGCUUUGUAAAUCUAUUUAAUUUUAUUUACAAAACAAAUUCAAUAAAUCAAUUUUUAAAGCACAUA